AUGGAGGUGGAUGAAGAUCUGCAGCAGAAGCUUCGAGAUGCCUUGGAGGAGGUUCACCACUUGCGUGAUCGCGUGAAGAAGCUAUGUGAUGAGGUGGAGCAGGUGCCGGCGAUACCAUGCGCUGUCGCUGAAUCAAGACCACCUCUGGAGCUCGAAAGAGCAAGUGAGUGCCACUCAAGACUCCAGCAGCUGCUAGCAGGCUGCGAGGAGGCUUUUGGUCCUCUUCGGAGGCAGGCAUUGGAGCAGCAGUCUCAGCCGGAUCGCAAGGCUGACCGUCAAAGGCGUCUCGCUGCAGAGAAGAGUGAGCUUCGCGACUUGGAGCAGGAGCUCCAGUUGGCCCAUCUGCAGUCGAUGCGCAAAGACCUGCAACUUGGCAGUGAGCCAUCAGGUCUUGAGAAGACUGAGCAAGACGACUCUCAAAGUGGGCUCGUCGAUGAGCUAGGUGUUGCAGUGGCCAAAGGCGUGAGCCUGCUUGGCAAGGCGAAGGCUCCAGCUCCGCCGCCAGGCCCUCGCUCGCCUCGAGGCUCUUUGCCUAAACCGCCUCCACCGAAGGCCAAGGGCAAAGGCCCGGGCGCCGCUCCGCCGCCCAGCAAGGCCAAAGCGAGAAGCCUAGCAAGGGCAUUUACCGAGUCAGAGAUAACUGGCUUGCGGGACGAUCCGGUGCGCCAUUCUGCCCGUCUCGUGAAUCUGCAUUGGCGAGCCUCACAGGGACCGCCAGAGGAAACUGAGAUUGAUGUCGGCAAAGAUGGGUACCUGCAAGGCAUGGCCAACAUGAUGGACAGGUGGGACCUGGAUCGGACGGACAGGAUGAGGCAAAGUAUCAUGUGCUUCGAGAAUCGCGUCGGCUUAUCAGCGGCCAAGAAGGGAAGCUUUGUCGAGGAGCAGAGCCCGGCUGAGCCAAAGCACGGUUUGCUGGCUUCGGGAAGACGCCGUCGAAGAACUGUGUUCAAUGGCAUUACAGAUGCUCCAGUACCAGAGUUGCAGAGCCACCAGCUAGAGGAAUUCUUCCAAGCUCGUGCUGCAAGUUUCGACAUCUGCGCUCGCGCGUCUUGUGCCACAGAUGUGACCUCGUUGAUUGUUGACAGCACUCAUCAGAGAAUACUGGAUCUGAUGGUGCGCGGAGCUGCAAUUCACAAGCAGGAUGGAGUGGAGAAUGCUGUCUCUGACCUACUCGCGGCCCUUCUUAGCUGUGACACUGCUCGGUUGAGCAGUUCAGUGCUGAGUGACCUCAGAAAGGUCGUACCCUCGUACGUCGAUGGCAGCAAUCCGAGCAUUGUUUCCUUCGUCGACAGCAGGGGGGUUGAAGCUCUCUCAAGGCUUGAGCAUCCACAUCUACAUCAUCUGUUAUACGGAGUGGUUCGGAUACCUGCAAUAGUUGCAAGGCUGGAAUGCAUGGCCUUCGUCCAGAAGUUUCCAGAGGAACUUGAGACAUGCAAGGAGAACCUGGAAUCACUUCGACGGGCGUUGGUUUGCACAUGCAACCGGCUUCCUGCUCUACGUCGGUUUUGGGCGACUGUGUUACAAGCUGGCAAUGCUUUGAACAGUGGCUCCAUGGCGAACACGACCGAGCGUGGCUUCAGACUUGCGAGUAUUUCCAAGUUAUUGGACUUGCGAUCUCCGCUUCGCCGUGAUGUCUCCCUAUUCCACUUUGUUCUGUUGCAGUUGCAGGCGAGCGAUGUGCAGGACCUUUGCUCUCCAGACUUUGUGGAAGCUUUGCAGUCUGCCUGCCUGAGACGUGGUUUCACAGUGCACCAAGACACGAUCAGUCAUCUAGAAGGCUUUCGCCAUAUCGAAAGUUUGGUCGACACCGGCACGUUCAAGGGAGAGAAGAUCGGAAUCAUGAGAGCUCAGGGCAAAGCUGGUGCGGAGGCUCCCGAGGGGCAUGGAGACCCUUUCUUUUCUUGCAUGCGGAACUUUGCCGCAACUUCACGCGAAGCUUGUGCAGAAAUUUGGAGCUUGAAUGCAGAGAUUCAGCGAGCCUACAAGGAACUCAGCCUUUAUUUCGAGGAUCCUGCUUACGUUUAUCCUCCACCGAAAGAUGACCAGGAUGGCAAGCGAGACUUGUUUGGUCUUCUGCACAGCUUCGUCUCUGAUUGCGUCAGAGUCAGACAGGAGAUCGAUAUUUCGGACUUUCCUGCGGAGGUGCGGUUGCAAUGCCGCUUCACUCCUCCGUAUUUGGACUCCGAUUCGUCAGAUAGCUCGAGUGAGCACUCGGUAUCACGGCGAGACGUGGAGCGCAAAGCCUUGGCAGAAACGCUUGGGCCGGCUAUCCACGCACUGCGGAACAGCAUGCCGAGUCCGCAGAGACCGCCUCGGACACUCUCAGAAGGAUCGCCGCCAUGUGAGGUGAGCGCUGAAACCCGAAGUUCGGUAACUCCGAGCACGACCGUGCCUCCGGCAAAGGCGGCUCCGGCGACACUGGUUGUCAGCCCCACUCUGCUGACCUCGCCCGACAAGAAAGGGCCUUUGCUGAGUGGCCCGUGCAAGAUGGAGAUGCCUUCCGUGCCUCCGCCAGAUAGAGCGCCAAAGCGAGCCUCGCAAGGCCGACCCUUGGUGCUUGGAGCUUCGCCACUGCAGUCGCCUGGUUCGGGGCACCAGGCACAGGCCCUGAGCCCUGUACUGCCGACAACGCCUGGCUCCACCGGAUCGCGGCAAUGCAGGACGCCAGAACCAGCAUACGACAGGCUUGCUCGCAAGAGCCUUACAAGGCAAGUAGACCGUGACUGUGCUGAAUGUCUCGGCGCCAGCGCUGCGCGAAUCCGUGGUGACUCUGGGUCGUCUCUGAAUUACACGAGCUCCUCCCAAACCUCAUGUUUAAGUCCGGUCUCUUCUGGAUCUGGAGAGAGUGCGAGGUCAAGCAUUUGCCCGUCCGACCUCAAGACACAGCUUCGGGAUGUUUGGAAGCGAAGAACUCACACCGGAGGCAGAGAGGCCGAGCCUCCUCGUGCGCUCAGAAGCCCAUCGCCCGCCGAGGCGGCCUGGCUUAGCAUGGAGUUUUCGGCGACAACGCCCAGGCGGUCGAGGACCACAUCGCUUUCACCAGUGAAAGAGCAGGGAGAGACUCCUCACAGCGUCUUGGCUUCGAAAUCGUUGGCAGAGGACAGACUCUGCCUCGAGUCCUCGCCUCUGGUAAAGCCAAGGUCUCUCAGCUUCCUGAGUUCCAUGUGCAUCGAAUUGGUGGCAGCUAUGGACCUGCUUGUCCAACAGUUCAAGGUUAUGACACAGACGUCGGUCCAAGACUCUGCUGCCACCGUUGCACGCCAGAUCGUUUCCAUUUCUGCCAUUGAGGUGCGGCUCUGCUUGCUUCCCGAGUGGCAAAUUGCCUGGAUGGGGUGUGCUGCUGAUGCCAGGCAGUGCGGUCGAGCGGCGAGGAUUGCCGAAGAGGCAUAUUUGUACACGUUGCUGCCUCAGUCGCUUCUGGUCGCUUUGCUUCUUGCAAUCGACAAGCUGUCGAAAGUAGGACGCGACAACUAUUCGGUUGGCAUGCUAUUCAACGCGUGGCUUUUGGAAGAUGAGCUUGUUUUUCGCGGUCUGCAGGAGAUCGAGAUACAGGCACCUUCAGAUUUCAGUCCCGAUGCAAUGGCUUGGCCUUUGGUGCCACCUAUAUGCUGGCGGCUUACUAGCCAUACAGCUGCCGACGGUAAAGACGGCAGUGCUGCUGCAGGUGCGGCAGCGAGCCUGCUGGUCACGUGGUUGCUGUCACAGCCACAGCGAGUUGCAGCUGACCGGCUUGCUGCGCACUACCUGCUGCCAUACCUAUCAGACUCGCCUCCCAGCAGUCAAGUGACUGUGGAGUUCUGCAACCUGUUUCGGAUUGUGGAGAAGCCCUAUUACGUCAUUUUCGCUUCAUGUUGGGUGUGUGCGCUGAUGCAGCAACUGAUCGACACUUCAAGAUACUACGAGGAGCGCUACGAGGAAUUGAGCAAAACGCAGAAAUGCUAUGUUGGGAUCCAGCUCUUAACGCUCGUGAUGGAAACCCUGGCUAUCGUUGGCAAGAUUGACUGGCUUGCUGGCGAAAGCUUGUGGCACAUGUAUAACUUGUAUGUGUAUGUCUUUGUGCACUCGUCCGUCUUUGUGCGCUCGAUCAUGAUGUCGAUGAUUAUCUGGGACUGGCUGCUGGCACGCCUGCUGGGACGGCCAGUCUUCGGAGCGGAGUACGAUGGCCAGGGAUGGCGAGACUGGCAUCGGGCCGUUCUCCUCAUCAUCAUCAUGCAGUUUGGAUCUUCAGUUUUCGUCAUGAUGGUGGUCACACUCACACACGCCAUUCCAGCGUUGAUCAUUUACUAUCCAGUCUUUCUUCUCGCAGCAGCCUUCAUUAUCAAGUUUCGUUCUUGGCUAGAGUUGCUGGGCCUCAAUCCCGAUGGCCGAGCUGGGCGCGGUCUGGUGAUGGCGAGUAAUUCUUUCGUGGCCGUUGUGUCAAUUCAGACAAUGAUCGCUUCCAUCAUCCGGGUGUACUUUGGGGAUGCUUGGAGCCAGGGAUAUUUGGCUCCGUUGAAGGAUGACGUUGCAUCAAGGAGCUCCAAAACGUUCUACGAGUGUCAUCUGCGAGCCGGCAUGGGUGCCCUGCAUGACCCUGACUUUGUGAAUCUCUUCCUGCGCUGCCGGUUACCAGGCCCCGCUUUCGAGGUGUACCGGACCGGGUGGUAUCUUGAGCAACGCGUCAAUGUUUGGGAUAUCAUCGGCAUUGCUUCGUCACGUUGUCCAAGAGGCGCUGAAUGCACCCGUCUCCAUAGAGGAGUAUCUUUCUCACGUGCAGGGGGUUUCCAGCUUUGGCUUCAA